AUGUGCCGCAUGGUGAUAUUUUCGGGUAAUUGCAUUCGCUGUGGCCAGUACUAUACCGUCCCUGAGCUGGAGCAGAGCGUGUCGUGCCUCGAGGCCAAAAACAACGGCGGCUUCGGCGACUGCAGGAGGGGCGUGAACAUGGACCAGCACGAUCCGGCCCUCGAAUGCGCCUCGUGCAGCUACGCCAUGAGCCUCACCGACGACCAGCAGCCCUAUAGCGACGACAUGCUGAUCGCCGCCAGCAGUUCGGGCGGCAGCACAACCAACCCGGGCACCAAUUCUUCCUCCAGUAGCAAGGGGAGCCACCACCAUUCUAGACAUGACACCACCAGCAAGAGGAGGAAGGUUCGGUGA